CUACUAAAUUGGACUGUUCUUGAUUCUCGGUCGCAGUCCUUAUCGGCCGCUGUUAUCGGCUCGGACUGCUUGGGCAUUCGCUUGUCUAGACCUCGUGUCCCGACCCACGCUGAACCACCACAAUCAUGCCGCCUCCCGAGGGUGACUCGGCCUCUGUGCAGGCUGGUAACAACUCCAGCGACUUUGUGCGCAAGCUAUAUAAGAUGCUCGAAGACCCCACGUACAAUUCCGUAGUACGAUGGAGCGCCGAUGGUGACAGUUUCGUUGUUCUAGAGAAUGAAAAAUUCACCAAAACCAUCUUACCCAAACACUUCAAGCACAGCAAUUUCGCAAGCUUCGUACGGCAGUUGAACAAAUACGAUUUUCACAAAGUGAGGCACAAUGAAGAAAGUGGCGAAGCGCCAUACGGAAGAGAUGCAUGGGAAUUUCGACAUCCCGAGUUUCGUGCAGAUAGGAAAGAUAACCUAGAUAAUAUCCGCAGAAAAGCGCCCGCCCCGCGUAAGCCAGCGCAAGCUGAGGAUACCUUUGGCGCGUCGCAGCAGAUUGUCGUCCUAAGCGAAUCGCUUACUGCGACCCAACACCAGAUCCAGGCGUUGCAAGAACAGUAUUUCGAGCUGGCGCAGACGAACAAAGUGCUCGUCAACGAGGUCAUCAGCUUGCAGAAGAUGGUCAGGGCUCAGAGUCAAGUCUCCAACGAGUUGAUCACCCACCUCAGCAACAUCGAGGACCGUCGACGGAAUAGCAGACACUCGGCGCAUUCUAGCCACUCAAGUCAUUCAGGUCCGACCUUCCACGCAGGAUCCCUUGGGCUACUACCAGACGGUGCUGAUGAGCCGGCAGCCGAACUUAGACGAGCGCGCGAGAUACUCAAUGGCGUUUCCCCCGACUCCCAGGCCGACCGGGAACUCGAACGGUUAUCGGUCGCCUAUCAUCAAAAUGGGUCUCCAUCGGAAUCGGCGGCCUCGUCAGUCAUGUUCACCCAGAGCGGCCCUGGCCCCAUGCACAUGUUGCAUGACCCCCUCAACGACCCAAGACACAUGGUCUAUCCGGUAGGGCAGACAACAGGCAUCGAUCCAUUCCAUUCCGACCACAUCAACAACAUCCCUUAUACUCGUCCCUUGAGUAAUCCGAAUGCGAUGGCAGACUCUGCCCAGAUCACGCCUCCCCCAAAAGAUCAAGGCACCUCCAUGUGGAGCCACAAGCGGCCACGUAUCCUACUCGUCGAGGAUGACAAGACAUGCGCAAGGAUCGGUGCCAAAUUCCUACAUGUACUCGAAUGCUCGGUAGAUAUUGCUAAGGACGGGCUGGAAGCUGUCGAAAAGAUCAACAAUCCGGAGAAUAACGAGGGUUUCGACCUCAUUUUCAUGGACAUUAUUAUGCCCAACCUGGAUGGCGUAUCGGCGACGGCGAUGAUCAGGAUGGUGACGGCAAGAGUACCCAUCAUUGCCAUGACGUCGAAUAUUCGACAAGAAGAUAUCCAGACCUACUUUCAGUAUGGUAUGAAUGAUGUGUUAGCAAAACCCUUUACGAAAGACAGCAUGAUCCGCGUUUUGAGGAAGCAUCUGGCGUAUAUGCUCAAAGACCCGCUCCAAGGCGGCCUUAACGCGGAUGAUACAGGACAGACUGUCGGUGCCCCAGGACCGCCGGGCCAGAACCAACAAGCUUACAGCAACAACCAACAAGCGCAGGCCAACAUGAUGGCGGCGGCAGCGGCGAUGGCAAACUCUUCGAUGGGCAGCAGCGCACAGGUCAAAUUUGAACAGACGCCGAUACCUUCGCCUGCCACCACGUCUUCAUGGCAUUCCCCAGGGCAGAUGAACCAGACGUCCCCCAACAUGGACGGUGGGGGAUACAUGAAUGCCGGAGGGAACGGGCCGGGAGGGAUGGUUCUGACGCCGGGGGGCACACAAAGACCGCCGCCGCCACCCUAUCAAAUGAUGAAUAACCAGGUGAACAACCAACUAGCAGGCGGAUCGGCGGGUUUCCAAGGCGGCGGCCAUAUACAGGCCUCCGAGGGCAUGGGAAUGGGUGGAUCAGAAGAGAAUCGGCCAGAAAAGCGCCAACGGUUAUACGGGCCUGGCGCGAACCACCAGAGGCCGUUUGUGCAAUAGAGAGUAACCGUCGACGGAGUGACGAUUCUAAUUGUAGAUCGAAGAGGGGAUAGCGAGCGACGAGAUCGGUAAAAGCACGGAAUGGAAGGAAUUACGCAUUCGGGGCGGCAGGGUCGGCUGGCGUCGAUUUUUUUUUCUUUUCGUGG